CUGGGGUUAUUGGGCUUGCAACCUUCAAAAAUUGCCGGAGUAUUCCAUCUUCGCUAUUCCCAAGAUCGUCCUUUAAAAGCAAGACAAAUUGUAUUAUAUUUUAAAGGAAAAACUCAUGUUAAAUUUGAAGAAGGAAACGAACAGCAUAAGUUGAAGCAACAAUUUCUUAAUCAAUCAAAAAUAGUAUGGUCUUCUCAAAGCGAAGGAAUUUUUGAGGAUUUGACCACAUUAGAUAUACCGUUCGAAUUUAACAUUCCAAACAAUUCACCAUCAACCGUCACCUCAAUGGAAAAAUCAGACAUCGGCCUAAUCACAUAUACCCUGCAAGCGAAAAUUUUCAGAGUUUCCAAUCUAUUACUCUUGAAUCACGCAAAAAUAGUGAAAUGUCGGUUGGAUGUUAAAAGAUGGGUCGCGCUUCCUUCCCCUGAUUAUUAUGCAACGCCAUUUUCCUAUGAAUUCCCGAAGUUCAAAUGUCAACUAUUGCUGGAUCAAUCCGUCUUUGGGAUUAAUAGUGUAAUCCUACUGCCCGUGAAAUUCAUUUUAUUUGAUAUGAGAGUAUGUGUAGAAAAGAUUACGGUGAGGAUAAAAGAAUAUCAUCUGUUAAAGAUGGCCAUGGAGUUGGACAAUCCGAAAAGUAAAGUUGUUAAAAAAUCUGUGCUCGAAAUUGUGAUAGGAGGAGAUAAAGUAUUGCCAGUUAAUAAUAGUAACAAUGAGUUCAUGGUAAACAUCGAGUUCAAUUUAAGAGAAGCACAUGGAAAGAUACAAUGUAAUUGUGAGACUCCUUUAAUCAACAUUUGGCAUAUGCUAAAGAUCAAAAUAAAUAUGAAAAAUGCCGAUGUCGGACAUUUAUAUAUGGAGAAGGAGGUAAAGGUUUACAAUAUUCUACAGAAUGAUCUCCUGAUUGGGUCGUCAGAGGAUUGA